CGUGAGCGCGCCUGCCUGUGAGAUUGUGGUGGUGGUGUCGGUGGUGUAUGUGGGAGCAGGAGGAGAGACUCUGCAGUGUCUUGGCAGCUGCAUUAGUGCAUCUCCCACCGUCCGCGAUGCCUUCACGGCCAAUGCCUGCCUCCUCCGCGUCCACUUGACGGCAGAAAAAGCGACAUGAACUCGUCGGGAAACUGAGCCGGACGUUCACGCUAUAGCUCGCUAUAUGCCCCGGAGGCAGUCCGGAGCGCUUCCAUUCACGCACCGAAAACCCGUGUGACGAGAAUAUAUUUUUUUAAUGGAAAAUGGCGAUAGGCAAAAGGUCUUGCAGCAUCGUCUGCUUGGUAUCUAUCCAGAUUAUCUUGAUUUUCAGCGCAUCGUGGCCUGGAGCAGCGGGUCUCACAUUCCCCCAGCAAUACACGAUAAUGCACUGGGCCAGGCGUAUCGAGCAGGAGAUUGACAGAGUCUUUCAGCAAAUCACUGGAGCUCAGCAGUUGAAAGGGAUAUACAAUGAAGAAAGAAGACGAUUUAGUCUGGUGAAGAAUCAGCCUCGAAAGAUAGUGGAGAAGGUGGCUUCAGACAUAGAGAAACUCCUGGCUAAGAAGCGCAAGGCCCUCGAUAGGUUAGCCAGUGAAGCAGAGCGGCUCCAGCGAGAGCAUCUGUGGCAGGAUGGAAUAAAGGAGUUGGACAUGGCUUAUUAUGACUCUAAGGCUGAGCUGGAUUAUUAUUCGAUGGAUGGAGAAGGAGAGGUGGAAAAUCCCUCCCAUAUCAAGCUGGAGUUUGUUUAUGAUCCAAACUUCAAAAACAACGUCAACUAUUCCUACACAGCUGUUCAGAUUCCUACAGAUAUUUAUAAAGGAGCUCCAGUCAUUCUGAAUGAGUUGAACUGGACGCAGGCGCUGGAGAAAGUCUUCAUGGAGAACAGUCGGGAGGAUCCAUCGCUGCUGUGGCAAGCGUUUGGCAGUGCGACAGGAGUCACCCGCUACUAUCCAGCUACACCCUGGAAAGCCCCUGAUAAAAUUGACCUGUAUGAUGUCAGGAGGAGGCCCUGGUACAUCCAGGGCGCCUCAUCCCCUAAAGACAUGGUCAUUCUUGUGGAUGUGAGUGGCAGUGUCAGUGGACUCACCCUAAAACUGAUCAAAGCGUCAGUGAUGGAAAUGCUGGACACUCUGUCUGAUGACGACUAUGUCAACGUGGCCAGGUUCAACGAGAAGGCCGAGGCUGUGGUUCCCUGCUUCAAACAUCUAGUCCAGGCUAAUGUGCGCAACAAAAAGAUCUUUAAAGACGCAGUGCAGCAGAUGCAGGCUAAAGGCACCACUGACUACAAGUCUGGAUUUCAUUUUGCCUUCAACCAGCUGUUAAAUAAGACAAAUGUCCCCCGGGCUAACUGUAAUAAAAUAAUCAUGCUGUUUACUGACGGAGGAGAAGACAGAGCUCAGGAUGUCUUCAUGCAGUACAACUGGCCCAACAAAACGGUUCGAGUGUUCACCUUUUCUGUGGGUCAACACAACUAUGAUGUCACACCCUUACAGUGGAUUGCAUGUACCAAUAAAGGUUACUAUUUUGAGAUCCGUUCCAUCUGUGCUAUAAGGAUUAACACCCAGGAGUACCUCGACGUGCUGGGGCGCCCCAUGGUUCUGGCAGGCAGCGAUGCCAAGCAGGUUCAGUGGACCAAUGUAUAUCAGGAUGCUUUGGGUCUUGGCAUGGUAGUAACUGGGACUCUUCCUGUAUUUAAUCUCACCAUGGAUGGAAACUCACAGAAUCAGCUGAUAUUAGGUGUCAUGGGAGUUGACGUGCAUCUUGAUGAGAUAAAGCGACUGACACCACGGUACAAUCUUGGAGCAAAUGGAUACAUAUUUGCGAUCGACCCAAAUGGAUAUCUUCUCCUACAUCCUAAUCUCCAGCCAAAGCUUGUGAACCUCCCUGAACCUGUGACGCUGGACUUCCUAGAUGCAGAGGUGGAGGACGGCAAUAAAGAGGAGAUCCGCCGACAAAUGAUCGAUGGAAGACCGGGCGAAAUGCAGGUCAAAACUCUCAUCAAGUCGAUUGACGAGCAAUACAUCGAUGAGGUGUACAGGGGUUACACCUGGACUCCUAUCAACGGUACAGAUUACAGUCUUGGUUUGGUACUACCCCCCUAUAAUGAGUACUACAUCCAGGCAGACCUGAGUGAUGUGAUGCUGCAGCUCCAAUAUAUGCAGUCGCUGCUGCCCAGCUCCUUUGAAUCAUCAGGACAUGUGUUUCUGGCUCCAAGGGAAUACUGCAAGCGCCUGCAGCUUUCUGACAACAACACCCAGUUCUUGCAGAACUUCCUUUCGCUCAUGCUGGAUAUUUCUCCAGAAUCUGAUGAGUGUGACCAAGGCCUCAUCCACAACCUGAUUUUGGAUUCUAGGAUUAUUGGGCAGCUGGCCUCUCGUGUAUGGAAGAACAAGGACCUGAAUUCGUACGGCUUCCUGGCUGUGUUUGCGUCCACAGAUGGAGGAAUAACGCGGGUUUUCCCCAACAUAGCUGCAGAGUUAUGGGAUGAAGAUCCUGAACCCUUUAAUUCAAAUUACUAUAGAAGGAGCCUUGACAACAGAGGUUACAUGUUCAGAGCUCCAUCAAAAUCAUCCUUGGACGACCCUGUAGGUGCAGAAAAUGGCACUGUUGGAAUCCUGGUUAGUUCAGCUGUAGAGGUUAAUUUAGGAGGCAAACUGCUCAAACCUGCAGUGGUUGGAGUGAAGCUGGACUUGGAGGCAUGGGUGGACAAGUUUAAGAUCCUGGCCAGCAACGUGUCAGACAGUCGACAGGGCUCCCACAAGUGUGGACCAUCGAGAAGUUGUGAGAUGGACUGUGAAGUGAACACUGACGACCUCCUCUGCUAUCUCAUUGAUGAUGGUGGGUUCCUGGUUAUGUCCAAUCAGAGAGAUCACUGGAGAAAGAUCGGUCUUUUCUUUGGUGAUGUGGACCCGUACCUGAUGCAUGCACUCUACAACAACUCAAUCUUCACCCGCCGUCAGUCUUUUCACUACCAGUCUGCAUGUGAACCGGUCAGCAGCAGCCACACCGGUGCAGCUCCAAGGGGCAUCUUUGUGCCAUCCAUCGCUGACAUUCUGAGCUUGGCCUGGUGGACGUCCACAGUGGCAUGGUCUGUGGUCCAGCAACUACUGUAUGGACUGGCCUACAACAGCUGGCUCCACCAAGAUCGUGUCCUAGUUGAAGGUUUUGAGACAAAAGAAAGCAGCUGUGUGACCAUCCAAAGCCAGUUCUACUUUACAAACACCACCAACUCCUACAAUGUGUUGCAGGACUGUGGAAACUGCUCACGGCUGUUCCACGCAAAGCGGAUAGAAAACACAAACCUGCUCUUUGUUGUUGCUGAGACACUUCCCUGCAGCUCCUGUGAGAUCGAGAGAUUGACCCAGGUCAGGACAGAGUUUCAAGAGGAGAAUCCAUGUGAAGUACUGAGCAACGCACGAUAUCGUAAAGGCCCGACUUCCUGCUUUGACUACAGUGCCUUAGAAAACACGUCAGAGUGUGGACGGGGUCAUUCUCUGCAGUCCUCCAUAGGAGUCCUUCUCUGUAUUCAGCUUAUUCUGCCUCUCUUUCAUCUCUGACACGUGCAAACACUCCGACAUCUUUCAUCUCUCUGGGUUAAGGCUCGGAUCUACUGAAGGUCAGAUCAAACAGUAACUGCAAAAUUCUUUUUUGAUCUACAAACAGCACAAAGCGCACCGUGCUAAGGGUAAAAAAAAAGAAGAAAAAGAAAACAAAAAACUAGAUCAGCUCUUAGUGUUUUUUGCCUUAUUGCUUAUGCAUUUGUAGGUGUUUCAGGGCUUGAGUGCAAAACAUAGGCAAAGAAUGUGUUGGGUAUGCAUGCCAAUUACAUUAGGACAAGCAUGUUUGAAAUUCUGUGCACAUGGGUUCAGCCGCAUAAACAAUCACCCAAAAAAUCAGGGAGGCAGCCAAAAUAUACUUUUAACAGGUCAAUAAAUAACCAACCAGCUGGAACAAAUUUCCAUCAGUUUUUGAUUUUGGGUGUGGUUGUGAUGUUACAAAGGACCUAAAAACUCAGUUGGAUUAAUUUUGAGUGUUCAAAUCUACUCAAGUGAGGUUGCAAUACCAUAUUGUUGAGAUACUCUGCUACAAGUAAAAGUGAAAAUUUUACUUAACAGAAAAGGUAGCAAGUAUUGGCAACAAAGUGAAUUUGUCAGUGUUAUAUUACCUAUUAACAUGCAUUUCAGUGUUGUGGCUUGUCAACAUGGAGCAAAUUUUCACUACUUUAUAUGAGUAGUGUUAAAAACUCAUCAUAGGUGUUCUGUGUAAAAUUGUAAAACAAGAUCUAGGAACUAUAGCUGACAGAUAAAUGUAGAAGAGUAAAAAGUGCAAUAUUUUCUUCUUCGAUGCAGUGAAGUUCACGUAUUAAAGGUGCUCUGUGCAGUUUUCUUGUAAACAAAACUUCUGUUUACAUGCGCGGUUCAAAACAAGGACCCCCUCAUAAAAACAUUGGUCCAUAGCUCUAAUAGUGGUAGCAUAAAAUAGAAAUACUUAAGUAGAAGCAACUGCAACAGUGCACCCAAAUGCAGUACUUGGGCAAAUGGUUUAUAUCUGAAUACAAAGCUGCACACAUGCUGGCUUUUAUUGAGAGGAGAUCUGUGAUUGGCUGAACACAGUUGAAUGCUACAGCAACUCUGAUGAGACUUUAUUCUGAGUUUUUAGAUCUUUCAUUGUGUAAGUGUAUUCCGAGCAACUCGGAAUAUACUCUAAUUAUAUGAAUUUUUGUUGGUAUGGAUUUACACUUUCCAUACAGUACAACUGCUGCUUUACACAACUGAUAGUUUUACAUUGUGCACACCACACAUUAAGCUCACUGCUACAGCAUGAAGAUGUAAAUAAGUAGACAAUAAAUAGACAGAAUCAGCUGGUGGUCGAGCUUUAUGGUUCAAACUCCCACCUGUAAGUUUGCUCAGAUGCUGCUUGUGGCAGCUUUUGCUUUUGUUGGCUUCAAAUGAGUUUACUGCUUCUGUUUUCUUUUGCAUGUCUGGUCCUGAUAAAUGUCUUUGCACAUAGAGGAGCUACUGCACUUAACUGUUUUUACAUGAUAGUAGAUCCGAGCCUUAACCUCACAUUCACUUCAGUGUCUUUCAGUCCACCUCUGACUUUUGCCAAGACAGUUUCACUCUAUCAUACACAUGACACGACCCAGAAUGAUUUCCUGCUGCCAUCUCAACCACCGUCUAUUUCUUAAAUCUUUUGAUCCAUCAGAUUUUUGACAUAAUUUAGAUGAUUUUUUUCCCCUAAAAUUAUUUUCUGAGAGCACUUUGACCUAUGGGACAACAGAUGAAAAAAACCAGAAUGAUGGAAAAUACCAGUGUUAGACUUCCAGCAAGGUUUUGUGACUUUUCAUAACACAUAUCAAUGAUGAAACAUUCCUGUAGUUUCAUUGUGAUACAAGGAUUGUACAAGUCAAGGUUUGUUUUGAUGAAAUGCUUCCACAGAUACUUGGUAUGAUCUUGAAGUGCUUCCAGUCAAGUGAGAAAUUGUUAAAAGAUGUAAAAUCAAACAACAGAGACCAAAAUCAUCAAACAUUAAUCGAUUUUGUAAAUUACAAGUAUAUCCUCAAUUGACCAUAAUAUUUAGGAACACUGCGCAGUGUUUAGUGCAACAAUGCUAUUAUAAUUGGACACUUUAUUCUGCCGCUGAUAUUCGGUUUAUGAUCAAAAGAAUAAUUUACAUGCAGUGUGUACAUGUAGUCUUUGUGCACAAAAUGUGCAGACUUCUGUGUGCAGCCAACACGUUUUAAAUGUGUACCAUUUGUUGUUUGAAACUCUUUGUUUUUUGUAUCUUGUAUCAUCACUACUUGUCAAACCUGAAUUUAUGCACUUAUGUAUGCUUCUGUAUGGGGAAUGUAGCUUCUGAACAGCUUUCGGUGUUAUCAGUAUAUUAUCAGUAUGUGAUGCUUUUUGAUCCUCUGUUGAGAUUCCCCUGAUAUCUAAUUGAAAGUGACAAAUCUCUGUGGCAGAAUAUUUUCAUUUUAUCAUGCAUAGCUCUUCAUGACAGCGAUAUCUGAUUCAACUUUUUACUAAAUUAUUAAGCUGGAAGACGUAGCAGUUUAGUCACCGUUAGGCAUCUGACUGUACUGACUAUAUGGUUAUAGAGGUGUUGCACCAUGUGCUAGUGUGCAAUUGAUUUUUUUCAGCAUCAAUUACUCUGCCCAUUAUUUAUUCUCAAUUAAUCAAUUGGUUGUUUUGUCAAUACAGUGUCAACAAAAUAACAGAAAAAGGCCCCUCAUAGUGUCCCAGAGCCCAAGUGGAGGUUUUUUUAAGAUUUGUUUUGUCUGAUCUCCUGUCCAGAAAUAUUCAAUUUAAAUAGAAAAGCACCACAUCCUCGCACUGUACAAGCUGGACCAAGCAAAUGUUUGGUAUGUUUUGCUUGAAAAAUGCCUGAAUUUGAAAGUCAAAGAACGAGCAGAGUGUCCAGUAACCUGACAGGCUGUUUUUACCAAACUCAUUUACAAAGCUACAGCAUAUGUGAUGUUAAAACAGAGCUAUAGAAACACUCUGCUUGGAAUAAUUAUAUAUGUUUGAUAUGAUUUUAUUCACAUAAUAUUCAUUUAUCAAAUUAUAGUUAGUUUAAAUUACAUUUUUGUAUCAAAAGUUUAAAUAAUGGACACAGGAUGUUUCCUAUGUUCACUGUAAAGUCGACUCUCAGUGUGUGUGCACUGGAAGCAUCACAUUUCCACAUCACACAUGACUAUUAGACAAUGAUUGGCUACAAACUUUGUGCUUCAUGCUUGUAUAUACUAAAGUCCAAUUGAAGAAGAAAGAAAUGUUACUUCUUCAAAACAUGUGAAUUGUGUCAAACUCUGCACAUACAUCCUUCUGCACAGUGAAGGUCAAACAUCCAAGUGAAGUGGAGGGUGACUUUAAAGCAACAAAAAGACUGAACGGUGAUUCUGUAACCUCACAGUGCAUCAGUGUUUCAUUCCUAAGGAGUUAUGCAUGGUAAAACCCUGAAAACAUUUUCCCACAGUUACUCAACAGCCCCUGACUCUGGUUACAGAGGUAGCAGAGGAUAUUUUUAAAAAGCUUUUUGACAAAGUAUUUGUAAACCGCUGUAUUUUUUUUCCGUCUGCCUGGUGUUCCACCCUGCAGUGCCUUGUUGCACUUGUUUUUUGGAUGGCAGGAAGAUUUGGAUUUUAGCUGUGGACGCUCCUCCUGCAGGCCAUGUGAAGGACACACUUGAAUUUUCAAGGGGUUGCAACGGUUCAACUCUAAAUGGACUUCUCUCGGUUAGCAAAUAUAUAAAAGAAGAUGCUCUUCAUGAACUUACGAAACAUUUCUAAAGAGCACAACAUGAAGUGUGUUGAGCAGCUGGCCUCCCCCUCCUGCCUUCUCAUGGACAGAUGUUUUGUUGACGCGAAGAGAACAAACCCUGUUGCCCUUCUGCUACGUGUUGUUUAUCUCUACACUGUGGUUCAGCCUUGAAUCAAAGCACAGACACUGUCCAUUUUCAUAGAUUUCUACUUUGUUCCAUCUGCACACUGUAUAUUCUAUAUUUGAAGCCUGUUGGAAACAUGUACUUUUCCAUUAGGCCUGACUGAAACGAGUGAAUGUUUAUGUACAGUAUACCUACUGUCGUGCAUCUCUGCUGUACCCAAGCAUGGUGGGGACCUGGAGAAGCAGAUUAAAGCUCAACACUGUUUGGAGACCUCAGCAAAAACACUGCUUACAGAAACCAACAACAACAACAAAACAAAAAAAAAAAGCUUUUACUCUGAGACCUGCAGUAUGUACAUUAGGUCAUAUUGCAUUAUUCAAACAACACUGUUGUACAUUGAAGGAAAGACAUUUUGUGGAACUCUUUAUAGCCUACAAUAUAUUACUACUGUUGAGGUCAGUGUUGUAGUUUCGUUUUAAACUACCGGUAUUUAUUUGCAUGAUAUAUUUUGAACAAUUUACAGAUUUGUGUACAUAGCCUGAUGGAUAUUUUACAUUCCUGUCCACAUCCAGCUCUCCAGCACCGUGGGGAGAAGCGAUGGCGCCCCUCUGUGGAUAUUUUCAUGGGUGAUGUGGAGGCCUCAGAGCUCUUUGCUGUGUGUGUAACCGAAUGAAGCUGAAAGUUUGACUUCAGUGAAGCCUACAAUAACUGUCAGUGUUUGCAAUUUUAGGUGUUUUGCUGCAAGUAAAAGCACAAAGUUUAGAGUUAUGAGCAACAUACUGCCUGAUCAAAACUUUUGUCAUUUAUUUAUUAAAAAUGUCUCCAAGUGACAUAAAAAGCAAAUGAUGAUGAUUCAUGCAUUUAAAGGCUGUAUAACAACCAAACAAGGCAGUGGCAUGUGAGGGGAUGCCCCUUUAUUGAUGAACUUUGUUUAUGAAAUAGAUUUAAGUGUUGCUUAUUUAAUUUAUUUAUGUGUUUAUUUAUUUAUUUGUUAUUUAUUUGGGUAUUGUGGAUAAUAUUUGUACUGAACAGGAAGGAACUGAAUGUGAUCGAAGCUUGCGUGGGCACAAUAAGCAGUUUACAAGAAAAUUUGCAAAACAGACAAAAAUAUCUAUAUUUACUGUAUGUCUGUGUCCUUUUAUUUACUGAGUAUCAAAAGAUAAGAAUGUUCAUGUUUUUUGCUGUAACUUUGCUUUUCGUUUCGCUGACGUUGUCGUUUACUCGGGACAGUUUUCCUUUCUUUGUGCCAGUCUCCAACGCCACCUCAUUUUUGUACAGACGAUGUGAAGCAGUCAGCAGAAGAUGAAGGUUAACUUUGUAAAGAUUUUGUCAGUCACAUUACAAAAUGGAUAUUUAAAUGUUUAUAUCUUUGGUGAUUAAAUGCUAUUGAUAUUUUUCACUUCA